AUGAUGGUGGAUAGUUCGUCGCUUGUAUCACCAUCCACCUCCGACUCCUUUUCCCUCGGAGCCGCCGCCAACGGUCAGCUGUCUUUCAUCCACAGCUGCGGAGCCAGACCCUACCGAAGUUUUUACCUCGUGUUGAUCUGUAGAUUUCGGGAUACCAUAAGGCUACCAGGAAAAAGUAUGCAGCUUAUUACAUUCUCUCAGGAAAUAGUAGAUGGAGAACCUAUCUAUGUUUCUUCUAACAGCCUUCCAAUCAAGGCUUUCAAGCGGGAGCCUGCAGGGCAUGCUUUUCACGCUGCUGCUCUCAGGUUGAUAGGUCAUGUUGAGGAAACAAAUGCGGACAAUGAAGUCGAGGAGGGUUCGAAUGAGAAGGAGCAGCAUUACCAGCAAACUUCAGACUUCUACAGUAGUAAGGGCAAGAAGAAAUCUGGCAGUGAAGGGAAGCAGCAGGAUCAUUAUGCUUUAUUGGGAUUGGGCCAUUUGAGGUAUCUUGCGACUGAGGAACUGAUAAGAAAAAGUUACCGUGAAGCAGCAUUGAGGCAUCAUCCUGACAAGCAGGCUGCACUUUUACUUACUGUGGAAACUGAGGCUGCAAAGCAAGCGAAGAAGGACGAAAUAGAGAAUAAUUUCAAGGCAAUUCUAGAAGCUUAUGAGGUGCUGAUUGACCCUGUCAAGAGAAGGAUCUAUGAUUCAACGGAUGAGUUUGAUGAUGAAAUCCCAUAUGAGUGUGCACCGCAGGACUUUUUCAAGGUGUUUGGACCAGCAUUCUUGAGAAAUGGGCGCUGGUCAGUGCUCCAGCCUAUCCCGACUUUGGGAGAUGAAAACUCUACGCUCAAAGAAGUGGAUAGUUUUUACGAUUUUUGGUAUAGCUUCAAGAGCUGGAGGGAGUUUCCUCAUACUGAUGAGUUUGACCUUGAGGAAGCUGAGUCUCGUGAUCACAAAAGGUGGAUGGAGAGGCAAAAUGCAAAACUCUCAGAGAAGGCAAGGAAAGAAGAAUAUGCGCGUAUACGGACACUUGUUGACAAUGCCUAUAAAAGGGACCCUAGAAUUCUUAGAAGAAAAGAUGAGCUGAAAGCUGAGAAACAGAGGAAGAAGGAGGCCAAGAUUUUGGCAAAGAAAUUGCAGGAGGAAGAAGCAGCUAGGAUUGUGGAGGAGGAGAAACGUAAAAAAGAGGAGGAUGAAAGAAAGGCUGCUGAAGCUGCUUUAAACCAGAAAAAGUUGAAGGAGAAGGAGAAAAAGUUAUUACGUAAAGAGAGGACUCGUCUUCGCACACUUUCUGGAGCCAUCGUGUCCCAGCAUUUGCUUGAUAUUUCUGAUGAUAAUGUGGAAGGUCUUUGCAUGUCACUUGACAUCGAACAGAUGAGGAAUUUAUGUGACAAAAUGGAAACAGAGGAAGGGCUAGGGAGAGCUGAAUUUAUCAGGAAUGCAGUUGGAUCUGAUAACCAACUGAAGGAUGAGAAACAUAAUGAGAAGAAGAACCUACAGCAGAAUGGUUCUGUGGGUGUGAAUGAACAAGUGUUAUUUGGCAGCAAUGAAAAAAGAGAGAAACCCUGGGGCAAAGAAGAGAUUGAGAUGUUGAGAAAGGGAAUGCAGAAAUAUCCUAAAGGGACUUCUCGGAGAUGGGAAGUGAUUUCUGAGUACAUUGGUACUGGAAGGUCAAUUGAAGAGAUUCUGAAGGCUACAAAAACUGUUCUUCUUCAAAAGCCAGACUCCUCUAAAGCUUUUGAUUCCUUCCUCGAGAAAAGAAAGCCAGCACAAUCAAUUGCAUCUCCUCUUACAGCUAGAGAAGAUUUGCCGGGGUUAUCAAAUAGCAACGCAUCCGAGAGGAAUGCUUCUGAUCAAAAUAAUUUGCCAGAGUCAUCGAGUGGAACUGGUAGCUGCGAAAACUCAGACGAUAGUACAGCUGCUAAUGGUGUUGCUUCAAGUUCAGAUCCAGAUGCAUGGUCAGCUGUUCAGGAAAAAGCUUUGGUUCAAGCUCUGAAGACCUUUCCCAAGGAAACUAGCCAGCGUUGGGAACGAGUUGCAGCUGCAGUUCCUGGGAAAACUGUCAGUCAAUGUAAGAAGAAAUUUUCAUUGAUGAAAGAGAACUUUAGGAACAGCAAUGUGCCGGAGAAGAAUACUAGCACGUCUGAUUGUUUAGAUCCGUCUUCCACCCCAAUUGAGAAUUGUCAGAAAUCAGAUGAAAGCAAUUCUGGAAAUGGGGUUUCUUCAAGUUCCGAUCAAGAUAUAUGGUCCGAUGUUCAGGAAAAAGCUUUGGUACAAGCUCUUAAAACAUUUCCAAAGGAAACUAACCAGAGGUGGGAACGAGUAGCUGCUGCAGUUCCUGGGAAAUCUGUUAAUCAGUGUAAGAAAAAGUUCACUUUGCUGAAAGAGAGCUUUAGGAACAAGAAAAAUGCAGUGUAA